GCAAGCUAUAUAAAGAGACAAAUUCCCUGUUAAUUCUACAUCCACAGCCCCCCACACACAAAAAAAAAAAAAAAAAAAAAAACCAUUUUUAGACAUGUUUUCAAGGAAAUUGUUUCGAAAGCGGAGGAGUUCCAUGGCUACUAAAAGGAGGAAUCAGAAAAGGAAUAUGAAUGAUGAAAAAUUGAAGGCACGCAUAAAAUGUUUGAGAGCUGAAAUGGUAGAGAUUGUUGAAGAGCAAAAGAGUAUCAAAGAGGAACAAAGACAUGUGAGAAACAAAUAUCAAGAGUUGAAGGUAGAGAAAGAGCAACUCAAGAUGGAGACCAAGCUCAUCUCAGAGCAAAGCCUCACAAUCCAACAACGUCUCAUUCUAAUCUACAAAAUCUUCAAAGCAAAAGCUAGCAACGAUUUUGCCAAUGCAGUUCAACUCACUCAGUCUCUUCGUGAUUUAAUAGCAAAUCAAAAUGUGAGAAAGGGAGGUGUGUGACUACUGGCUCCUGAUGAUAUAUAGUAAUGGACAUGUGAGGAUGGAUAACAAUGAAAAUCAACAUUCUAUCUCCUCAGUCAUUGCAUGUGCCUGCAGCUUCACAUCUAGAUCUUUGAAUUUCAUUUUCAGUGUCAACCCCAAGUUAUUUGUGUAUUUGUGAUGAAAUUCUUGUAAAAUGGUUUUCUUUUGUAUGUGUGUGCUUUUUUUUUGCUUAUCCUAUAAGUCUACUAAGUUUGAAAGCGAGAGGAUUGAUGAUGAUGUAGGUAAACUAAAAUGACCGAUUUUUGUUUAUAAGAUAUUUUGGAAUCGGUAUUUAAUUAUUGUGCGUGGUUGUAAUUUAUAUGAGUGGUGAUUUUUCACACCCAUAUAUUUCUUUGUGGAUUAAAAGACUGAAAUCCCAUUUGUGUUAA